AUCUAAAGUACCCACAACAAUAACGAUACACUACAUAUAGUUCAUAUUUUUGAACAACCAUGCCUUACUGAACAUCGAUGCAGCUAUAGGGAAGUUACAAGUGGAAGAAGAAGAGAUCGAUCAUGAAUCCCGAGAACAGAGGUCAAGAGACGACCGGGCCAGUGUAUGAUCCGACACCUCUAAGGACAGCGUGGUCGGUGGAUCUGGGAAACGGACUGAACGGGACAUUCGUACGCUCCAACAUCAAUGGUACUACGGCAUUACUGCUGCAGGCGUUGAGGUCGGCAGCGGCUCCUACUCCGACGGCACCUGCACCCCAGAAUCAGUACGAGAAGCGCGCGAUACACCUUAUCACGCUUCUACAUUCCUGCGCCGCCGCGCUCGCCCAAGGGGAGACGGAGCUGGUAAACAAGGGUCUGGAGAGGAUAUGCAGCAGUCUCGCAUCGGACGACGGCGGGCAGCUGCACCGGCUCGCGUCUUCGUUCGCUGAUGCUCUGGCGCUGCGCAUGGUCCAGCCAUGGCAGGGCGUGUGCCGCGCCCUCCAGCUGCAGAAGACUACGCCCGCACCGUCGGCCGCCGCGGCGCGCCGCUACUUCACCGAGAUGUGCCCGUUCCUCCGUCUCGCCGGGACAACGGCGAACUACGCCAUCAUCGAUGCAGCUCGGACGGUCAGGAAUGCCGUGCUCCACGUCGUCGAUCUCGGCGGCGCUGAUCCCGCUCAGUGGCUUCUGCUCCUCCGCCUCUUUGCCAAGCGCCCCGGGGCGGGCGCACACGACCAAAUCCUCCGUCUGACCAUCGUCAAUGAGGACAACGAGUUCCUGUCCGGCACCGCUGCGCUCCUCGCUAGGGAAGCCAAGAUCCUUCACAUUGCCUUGCAGUUCCACCCGGUGAAACUCCAUAUCGAUCAGCUGCUAAGCAUCGACCGCCUCGGUGUCAGGGGCGGCGAAGCACUGUUCAUCGUCUCUACCCUACAGCUGCACCGUCUGCUCGCCGACGGGUUUGCAGAAGUGGCUGCUCGUCCUGACGACAGGAAAGGAAAAAGGCAGGUGCAGGCGCAUGCUACCAUGACGAGGGCCGACGCGCUCCUCCGCGACCUAGCUGGUCUAUCGCCCAAGCUUAUGGUGGUGACGGAGCAGGAGGCCGACCACAACGGCGACUUCAAGGCCCGGUUCGAGAACGCGCUCAAUUACUACGGGGCCCUGUUCGACGCCCUGGAGGAGAGCGUACCUGCGCGCGGGUCAGCACUUGAGCGGGCGGACGUUGAACGGUGCCUGCUCCUGCAAGAGAUCAGGGAUAUCGUUGCCUGUGAUGGCGCGCAGCGCCGGGAGCGCCACGAGUGGAUGGUGAAGUGGGCGGACCGGAUGCAGGCCGCCGGAUUCGAGCCUGUGGCGAUGAGAGCUGACACAGUAGCGCAAACGGUGAUGCUGGGGCAGAUGCUGGCCGGCUGCAGUAGGGCGUACAGGGUUAUUUCCAGUGAGAAGGAUGUGUGCUUCUUCAUCUGCUGGCGCGACAUCCCGAUGUUCUCCGUCUCGACCUGGCGUGCGGUGUGACCAGAUAUUGUGGCAUGUGACCUCGGCAGAUUUCUCAAUUCAUUGCAAUAAUUUCAUGCAUUUGA